GGUUGUCGCACGACAAAGAAAGUACAUCUCAUGAAUGUCAUAUCGACAUAGACGUUCCCGAACUUACCGGGUAUAAACAUCCCGAUCUAAUUGUGAAAUUCUAGUCGAACCUUAAGACCUUAAUCAUGUACUCAUACUUCUUCUCUUCCACCCUUGCAGAGCAAAGUCUAGAAAACUCCCCUUAGAUGGAAAGUCAAUCGGCUGUCUCGGGACAGCCAUAGCCUUCUGCUCUUCACCACUACAGCUUUCUCAAAUCAUCCACUUCUUUGUUGGACGAUCAACAAUACAUUGUACUUGUUUAAUCCACCAAAUAGAUCUCCGAGCCUCUAUGAACUACGCUGGGCGCAUAUUUGCGGAUCUCCUCCCAUGUAAAUGCACCCAAGAGCACAGCGUUGCAAGGUCGAUACCAUACGAUACUACACAACCCGCUGUAUUCUUAGAUGAAAUCACCACCCUUCGUCACCGUCCCGGUAUUACAGCAAAACUCCGCUCUCUAUGUCGCACUUAAUACUUUACAUUUCGUCAACAUCAACUGAGCAUCUAGCCGUCGCUCCUAAAUUUGUCAACCACGCCGCCUCGCCUACCUAGCGUAGACCAAUAUACUAUCUAUCUCUCCGACCUCUGAAUCCGAUCCUCCCCUCGAUUUUGUCAGGCGACAAGCGCCAACUACUAAUUAAAUAUGGAUUCCGACGAUACCGAUUCGGGCAACAUAUUCUCGACAUACCCUUUCUCGUGGGUGCUCGUCCCACUUAUCAUAUUUGUUGGCGCUGGAACAUUGCUCGUGUGCUACCGUUAUCGCCGACGGAGAAAGUUGCGCAUGCAAUAUGGUACCAGUGCUUUGGAGCGGGACAUAGAAGCUAUGGGUAAUCGGUCGGGGUCGAGGGCACCCAACGAGCGGCGGACGAGAGAACGACGAGGACUCGGGCUCGGGUUUGGCAGCAGAGAGGAAGGCUUAAACGAGCUUGGCGAAGCACCGCCUGCCUACACAGCAGCACAGAAGCAACCCGAUCACGCAGAGGAAGUAGAAUUAAGACCUAUAUCACAACCAUCCAACACUGUAGCGACGGAGGGUGUUGGAACUAGCAGACUACCGACAUAUGAAGACAUUCGACGGGACACAGAGGAGACCCGUUCAGCAACGCCUCCUUCGACGUUAAAUCCGCCGGCACUUCCUCCGAGGGCCGUUCUUAGCUCGAAUUCGAACUAAGCGACACAUUUUAUGUAUUGAAGAUAAUAGGUUUUGAUAGGAACAUAUAUCUUGUUAUGGCAAUGGAGUUUUGGGAUAGCAUAUGGAUAAACCUUGCAAGCAAUUUCUGAUGGAGCCGGUCACAAAUAGGGAUAUAUGUCGGACGGCGAUCCGACACAUUGGUAGGCUGGGUUAUAUAGAGUACUACUCACAUCGGUCGACAUGGAAUACCACGAAUCCACGUUCAUUCGUACGGUCCGGACUUUUGCAUUUGUAUUUGGCGUCAGGCAUAUCAAGAGCGUUCUGCAUUUACUCUUAAUGUAUACCAAUAUUUUCUGCUCAACUAAUCCUCACGCAAUGUGUGAUUUGGACAUGGGCAAUUA